UUUUUUUUUUUUUUUUUUUCUUGGACCCCCGCCUUCCUGGUCGAUCAUCGCCCUGGCCCAAGUCCCAGUCCCAUCCACUCCAGCUUCCCUCCCUUCUUUUUCUCCCUCCCUCUCCUCUCCCCCCUCUUCCUCCCUCCACCACCUGUCAUGAAUCCCCCUGCCAAGCCUCAGUUCAUUGCCCCCGACAUCCCCCUGAUUGAGCCGUCUGCCCUCCUCGAUUCCACGUACGAGGAGAAGCUCGGCGAACUCAACGCCUUCAUGUCGCUGCCCAGUUCCGAACUGAGCUCCCGUUUCAAGCUCCUCCUCGAGGCGAAGGAGCUUCUCGAUGAGCGAACCACCGAAGUGAUCUCCUCCGCCAUGGACGUCGAUAUCGUGCCCCGGUCUAAGAGCUCCCCCGGUGGCCAGUGAUGGUUGUCCGUCCACACCUCUAGCAACUGGCGAAUGUCAGGAAAGAAAAAAAAGGUAAAUAAAUUGUGAAGCAAGAAGGGCAAAUCGAUCCCCCCCCCCCCAUCCUGGAAGGGAGGGCGCGGGGGGGACCGUGGUCAACCGCCAGCGGUCAACUGCAAGUAGCCCCCUCCAAAGAGAUGGAGAGAGAGAGAGAGAAAGAGA